AUGCAUACCGGUGUUCUUUUCAUAGGAUGCCUAUGUUUUGUUUGUUUCGUGGUACAACUACUACCGGUCAUCUCGGUGCCCUUGACAGGAGAAAAUAUUGGCUAUAACUUGCACUUUUCACUGUAUAACAACAUAACUUUUGGUGUAUUUGGCAUCUGUGACUUUGUUAAACAUAAGUGCUCGAAGGUUGCUAUUGGGUACCCUACAAAAAGCUAUGAAUAUGCAUUUCAAGAUAUCAAGCAGGAUGAGUUUGAUGAAGACUUCUUUUCAACUGUAUCACUACCGUCUGGCGCCACACACCUGAUUUCGAAGCUUUUGGUAGUUCAUGUCGUUGCAUUUAUUUUAACUGGACUUCUAACUUUGGAAUGUGCCUUUGUCGUCAUUUUAACCCAUGUGGAUAAAAAGUAUCCUGGCUCACCUGUGUGGAUUAUCUUUCAAAGAGCGAAGAAGAAAAAGAAAAAGGCCGAAACGGAGGAAGCUGCUUCUUCGAAUAAGGAUGCUCCAAAGAAACCCAAGAGAAACUUGCUUGGUCAUUUCUCGUGGAUGCUUUUAUUGAGUGCACUUUCCUUCUUGCUGACGCUUCUAGCGUUCCUUGCCGAUUUAAUCUUGUUCAUUCCUCGAAUGAGCUUUCUAGCGUGGAUCCAACUUCUACCGAUUGCGCUUAUGGCGCUUAUUGCAUCGCUUUUGUGUUUUAUGAAGCGUUCCAUCUCUUCCAGAAGGCAUCUAGAUGAAGAGUACAGGGGUAAGAACGAUGAUAUGCGUAACAACGGAGUCAUGCCUCGCUGGAUCGACGACUCUGCUUCCGACGACGGGUUCUACGUUUUCACAAACGGAUUCUACAGCUCUGGGCAGGGACCAGAGGAAGAAGUAGGAAGACGCAGAUCAAGUUCGCUCCAUGAAGUGGCCCCGGUCGACACGUUGGCCCCGACAAACACAAACCAUUCAAUAGACUCACAUGACAUCGCCGAACUGAUAGAAUUACAGCGGAUGGAUUAA